GAAUAUUUUUGAGAAAACUGGUGUCGUAAAGGUUCUAAUCAAAGAUACAAAUCUGAAAUUGGAUCUUAAAGAAUAUUCACCUGUAUUUUCACGACAUCUCGGUGUUAAUGUUAUUCACUCAAAUGUGGCUUUAUUUAGGCGUGCGUGUAAACCUGCAUUCAAAGCCUUACCCAUACACCUUUUUGUUGAAACUGGAGUAAAGUUAAUGAAUAUUUUAAAGCGUAUUGAUAAUAAGCCUAUUGAAGUUAUGGAUCUAAUGCAAAG